CCCAAGUUUUAAAGGGCAGAGUUGUAAAAACUCCCGGGCUGUGGGGAGCUGCGACACGGACAUUUAUUUAAACCCCCACAGGAACAACAUCCACCUGGAACAGAUCACCACCGAAGCGGGGGGAACAACGUCGUUUUUUAUCUCCAGAAAGCUUACACCCGAGAGGCUUACAGCGAGCGGACUGCGGCUCAUGAAGGAAGCUGUGAAAUCUCCAUGAUCUUGAACCCACAUCUGCUCCUGGAAGGAUACUGGCACCAAGCACUCCGAGGGUCUUCCUCACUCUGAUCUCUGCUGCCUUGGAGCUCUUACUUUUUCCUCCUUUUUUUUCUUUUUUGCCACUAACUCUGUGACGACUAUCAAAGAUUCGCCACUGAAGCAGCUAUGCAGCUUGAAAUUCAAGUAGCACUCAACUUUAUCAUUUCGUAUCUGUACAACAAACUCCCCCGGCGACGUGUGAACAUCUUCGGCGAAGAGCUCGAGAGGCAGCUGAAGAAAAAGUAUGAAGGCCACUGGUACCCGGACAAGCCAUACAAAGGGUCGGGGUUCCGGUGCAUCCACGUAGGGGAGAAGGUGGACCCCGUGGUGGAGCAGGCGGCCAAAGAGAGCGGGCUGGACAUCGAGGACGUCCGGAAUAACCUCCCUCAGGACCUUAGCGUGUGGAUUGACCCGUUCGAGGUGUCCUACCAGAUCGGGGAGAAGGGGCCGGUCAAGGUGCUAUACGUGGACGAUAACAAUGAGAACGGCUCGGAGCUGGACAAGGAGAUCAAGAACAGCUUUAACCCCGAGGCCCAGGUCUUCAUGCCCAUCAGCGACCCGGUGGGGGGCUCCUCGGAGUCCAGCUCGCCGUCCCCGCCCUUCGGCCAGUCGGCCGCCGUCAGCCCGUCUUUCAUGCCGCGCUCCACCCAGCCGCUGACCUUCACCACCGCCACCUUCGCCGCCACCAAGUUCGGCUCCACCAAGAUGAAGAGCAGCGGCCGCGGCAACAACAACAACAAUGGCGGCAGCGGCAGCGGAGGCAGCGCAGCAGGCGGAGGGAGUGGCAGCGGCGGCAAGGUGGCUCGCACCUCCCCCACCAACAACCUGGGUCUGAAUGUCAACACCCUGCUGAAGCAGAAAGCCAUCUCCACCUCCAUGCACUCUCUGUACGGGCUGGGCCUGCAGCAGCCGCCGCCGCCGCCGCAUCAGAAGGCCUCGGCGCUCUCCCCCAACGCCAAGGAGUUCGUGUUCCCCAGCCUGCAGGGCCAGCCCAGCCCCGGGGCCGUGUUCCCCCCGGAGGGCUCCCUGGGGCUCGGCCCCCUGCAGUACAACAAUGCCUUCGACAUGUUCGCAGCCUACGGAAGCCUCAACGACAAGUCCCUCAUGGACGGCCUCAACUUCAGCCUGAGCAACAUGCAGUAUUCGAACCAGCAAUUCCAGCCGGUCAUGGCUAACUAAACUCACCGCGGUGGCUCAAAGAGAAGGAAAAACACAACGCACACAUCGAGAAGCCGGACUGGAAGGAGUCAGAGAAGAGCAUGUGCCCCCCCCCCCCCCCCCCCCCCCCCCCCCCCCCCGAGUUUGUUUCUACUGAAAGCUUGUUGUACAAACACAUCCAAGCUUGGUUACUUCAAUUCAACAUGCAUCAUUGUUUUUCUUUUUCCUUUUUGCCAACCAAGCACAAGAAGUUUUUUACUAUGUUGAGAAAAUACUCCCAUUUAAAAAAAACAAAACCAAAAAAAAAAAAACAAGCUUCGAGUUUUUGGCCUCUUACAGUAUUUUACAGGUGGUAAGACAAGGCUGAUUUUUAUGAAUUGGCACUACUAAGUGGGGUUACUUGGUCUUUUUCUAAUUGUAUAAUUUAAUUUAGUACAGAGUUUGUAAGAUAUCAGAGUAUAUAUUGUUUCUAUGACAUGGUGUUGCAUUUAUAUCUUUUUACUACUCCAGUGAUCUGUGAUGGCUGCAGCAGCUUUUCCUUAUUUUUUUUUCUUUUUUUAAAAGAAUUGUUUAAAGAAAUCCAUCUAUGAAAAAAAAAAUAUACAUUGAAUAUUCUAAAGAUUGUGUACAGAGUAUUCCUUUAGUGGUGGAAUUCAAGUGUAGGAAUAUUUGCUUUUUUUCUGAAAGAUGAAUUGUAUUUUCUGUUAAGAGGUUAAACAGAUUUUUGCUAUACUAUGGACAAAAAAUGUAAUCGUAUGAAUAUUAAUUUUGUACCUACAUUGUGCAAUACUUGAUAAAAAAUACGGUAUAACAAAGUAUUUUGAGUCAGUGUCUUACAUGUCAAGAGGGACUGAAAUAGUUUAUAUUGUUAAGUUUGUAUUAAAUGCUUAAAAAUGAUAUGCUUGUCUUUAUUUUUUUUAAUUUCAUAUUUGCACCCUGGUCUUUUUAAUAAAAUAAAACUCCAGUUGAACAUGA